AGGAAUCACGAAUCACGAAUCACGAAUCACAAAGAGUAGAUCAUCAGGUACGCGCGUGAGGGGAGGAAAAGUGGAGAGAUAGAAAAGAAGAAAAGAAGAAAAGAAGAAAGAUGCUGGCAAAGACGCGGCACGGUCUUUGUACGAUCGUUCGCUUGACUUUGCUGGUUUUUUUCAUAUUUAUUGAUCGGUCAGCCGAGAUCGGUGGAGAGAGAAGAAAGAGUUCGUUUUGCCAUCCGUUGCCAGCGAUUGCUUUCGAUAGAUCGAAGAUCGACAGGCUGGAGAACGGGAGUUUAAGGUACGAGAAGCUGGUGUAUCCAGCUGGAUCGUACCGAACGUUUGAAAACGAGACGUACGGAUGCGUGUGCAAGCUGCGAACGUGCGUGAGAAAGUGUUGCAAGGGGGACGAGAUCCUGGGGAAAGGCGUUCGGCCCAACUGCGUCCGGCCGCCGGACGGAUCUCUCGCUCCGGAUCUCGUUCUUCAGCAGCAUCAACUGGCUAGCGAGAUUAAAAAAGGGCUCGCAUCCGGCCUGAGCGAGCUGUUCGUCGUCGUGGAGGAUAUGCAAUGUCCCGAAAAUAUGUCAAGGUCCAUGCUGGAGCCGGAAUGUUUCAAGGACGACGCGUUCGUUCUGCAAGGGAACGGUACUCUUAGAACCGUGUCUCACACGUUCGCGGCGUGGCAUUAUUGCCUCGACUGGAAGGAAUCUUUCGAGAAGGUGGUCGCCCUGGUUUGUUGGCCCGACUCGUCCAUAGCGAACAGCUCCUCUCCCGAUCGAGAGGAAUACUUUGACGUUGGCAUCGUCGUCUCCAUACCGUUCUUCUUCGCCACUUUCCUCGUCUACGCCGUCGUCCCGGAACUGAGAAAUCUCUAUGGCAAGACUCUGAUGUGUUACGUCGGUUGUCUCGUACUCGCCUACACUUUCCUCGUCUUGGCCAAAUUGAAUUACCUCAAAUUUGUCUUUUGCUCUACCAUAGGAGGAAGCACGGAUGUGGAUGAAGCAGAAAAGGGGAGAAGAACGCGUCUACCCUUGUGCUGUGAAUACGGCUAUCGCUUGACAAGGAAUCGUUGCUUCGAAACGAACGUCACGGGAUUUCGCUUCCCGGCCCUUUACCGCGCCGAGGACUUGUCGCUGAUCGACGCAGCGCCGAAUCGUCCGGGCUAUUUCCAUUUGUUCGUGCGGGAUCCUUGCGUCGAUCGUCAACGCUACAAACUCGUGCCGGAGGAGAUUCCGAACGAUGAGUUUAUGCUUCUGGACAACGGCUCGAUCUACAAGAGAAACGAGGAUAAAGUUCUGCGAGAGACCGACUACUGCCUCGGCAUCGUCGAGCUCGAGGCCAAAUCGUUCGACGUGGUACUCUGUUUCGAUUCGGGCCAGUCGGAGACGAAGGAGAUUGUGAAACUCACGGUGGUAUUCCCCGUCGGACUGAUCGUAUCGGUGCCGUUCCUCCUCGCCACGUUUAUCGUCUAUACCUUGAUACCGGAAUUUAAAAACAUGCACGGUCGCACGCUUCGCGGAUACGUUGGUUCCUUGAUAGUUGCCUACGUGAUACUCGCGGUCGUGCAGAUCACUCCGCAGCAACACAUUUCGGAUCCCCUCUGCAUCGUUUUUGAGGUUUCCGAUCCCUACGAGGCAGCGUGAUGCAACGGGAGCGGAAAAAGUUUCUGAUAUACUCGAUUUACGCUUGGGGUUGCGCAUUGCUUCUCACCGGGGUUUGCGUCGUUAUGGACUUUUUCCCCGACGUUCCAGAAUACCUUGUCAAGCCAGAAUUUGGCAGGCAGAGUUGCUGGUUUACAACUAAUAACGCAAGGGCGAUAUACUUUUACGGUCCGAUGGGCGUUACCGUUUUUUGCAACAUAUGCCUGUUCAUCUCCACGGCGUUGAAGAUCGUGCAACAUAAAAAGAACACGGCUCAGCAGCUUAGAGGCACGGACAGUAGGCGGCACGACGACAAUAAACAAUGGUUCAAUCUGUACUUGAAACUCUUCAUCGUAAUGGGCAUCAAUUGGUCGAUGGAGAUAGUGUCGUGGCUGUGCGACAAUUCACCGGCCUACAUUUGGUACCUUACGGAUCUUACGAAUACUUUGCAAGGUGUCAUCAUCUUUUUGAUCUUCGUCUGGAAAGAUAAAGUCAAACGACUGUUGCUGAAAAGAUUUGGCUGCCGCGGGAGUAACGUUCUGUCGAGAAACUCGACUCGCCAUAGUUGUCACAGUUCAGCAGUCUCGCGUUCUUGUACAUUGACGACACAGUUCCAGGAGAAGAUCGAUCUCUGCUCGAACGAUCCAUCUCCUGGAACAAAAUCGAUCGUUGACAAUUAACGAUUACAUUUCAACCAUAUUUGCGCGCAAUUCGCAAGUAUCUAAUCUACGGCUCGCGUGAUUCUCGAUUUUUCGCAAAAAAAAAUAUCAAAAUCUUUUCCCUCUCGCUCUAUUUGCACGAUGCAAAUGAUACACAGUGGAUCGAAUCGGAUUGAAACGAAACGAAACAAUGGAACCAAACAAAAACAGGCGAGAUGAAACAAAAUGAUGCAAAGCAAAAUAUGUAUGUAACUCGAUAAAAACGAAAUAGAAAACAAGAUACAUACACACACACACACACA